AUGGAUGAGGAAGAACCAGUGAAUGAAGUUUCUAAAACUGAUUCAAAUGGAAAGAGCUCUCCGGAGAAAACUUUGGAUGCAAGUACUGAGAAAAAAAGCAUGGAAACUGCUGAAGGAAAAGUCUUGGAGAACAAUGGAAUCAAAACGUUGAAAGAUAAUAAUGUGAAAGAAAUUGAUGAUAAGAAAGCUGAUAAUGUGGAGAAGGUAGUAGAGGACAGGAAAGUUGGUGCAGUGGAAGAAGCGAAAGGGGAUAAGAAAGAAGCAAAAGAUGGUAAGGCAGAAGAUGGAAAGGAGGGAGCAAAAGAGGAUAAGAAAGAAGAUGGAGUGGAAGAUGCAAAAGAGGAUAAGAAAGAAGGGGUGGAUGUAAAGGAUAAGAGAGAUGGGGUGGAUGAAGUAAAAGAGGAUAAGGAAGUUGAUGGUGUAGGAGUAAAGGAAGGUAUGGAAGUUGAUGUCAAGGAGGAUAAGGAAGUUGACGGUGUGAAAGAAGCUAAGGAAGAUAAGGAAGUUGAUGGUGUAAAAAAUAUAGUAGAAGAUAAAAAAGGUGAUGAAUUGAAUGAAAUAGAAGAGGAAAAGAAAGAUGUUCAUAUACCUGAGACUGAUAAAAUGGGUGAAGACACUGAGGUUAAGGAAACAGUGGAAGAUAAACAAGAAAAUGACGAAGUGGAAACUGAGAAACCAGAAGUAGAUGCUAUGGAAGUAGAGGAUGGCAUUAAGGGGAAGGAGGACAGCAAUGAAAAGAAGAAAGAUGAAGUGGCGACGGAGGAGGAUCAGGAUGAAGAUGAAGAUAAGGAUAAUUCUGGUAAGUCAAAAGCAGAAGAGAAGCCAGAAGAUAGUAAGGGUAAAAAAGGAUCAAAAAAACGUGCAAUAGAGAAGAUCAAUGAGGAGAAAGUUAAAGAAAAAAGAAAGGAACUGAAAAAAAUAGAACCAAGGACUCCUACUAUCGACCGCCCCGUGCGGGAAAGGAAAUUAGUUGAGAGGUUGGUAACAUCAAUUGAGAAAGAUGCGACCAAAGAAUUUAACAUUGAAAAGGGCCGUGGCACACCUUUAAAAGAUAUACCAAAUGUGGCAUUUAAGCUAUCCAGAAGAAAGACUGAUGAUACCUUCAAAUUACUCCAUACAAUUCUCUUUGGAAGGAGAGGGAAGGCAAUUCAGAUAAAGAGUAAUAUAUCAAGGUUUUCUGGUUUUGUGUGGCAUGACAAUGAGGAAAAGCAAAUGAUUAAAGUAAAAGAAAAACUUGACAAGUGUAAGAAGGAGAAGUUAUUGGAAUUCUGUGAUGUGCUUGAUAUAACAGUUAACAGGGCAACAAUGAGGAAGGAAGAUAUUAUUGCUAAGCUGAUAGACUUUUUAGUUGCCCCUCAUGCAACCACAACUGUGUUACUUGCAGAAAAAGAGAAGCCCAGUAAAAGAAAAAAGCGCAAGCGUGUCGUAAAACAGGGUUCAUCAACAUCUGGGACAACUUCUAGACGUUCUGGGAAGAGUCGAAAGAAAAACGAAGAUUCUUCAGUUGUGGGGACAAAGAGUACUACUGACACAGAAGAUGAGUCAGAGGAAGAAGUGGAAGAUGAAGAAAAUGAGGAGGAUAAUGAAAAUGGUGUCGUUGACAAAUCUGAGGAUGAUACAUCAGAGAAAUCUGAAAGUGAAGAUAAAAAUGAUUCUGAGAGUGAAUCUGAAGAUAUGAAAAAAAAGAAAAAAACUUCUAAAACAUCAUCCACGAAGAAAGAAUCUGCUAAGAAAGGUAAAAUUGAGAAAAUUCCAGUUGCUGAUAAAUUUCGCUCACCCCCAAAAAGAACACCAAAGAAAUCAUGGUCCAACCUCUCAAAGUCUGAUGAUGAUAGUGAUGAAAGUCCAAAGGUUUCAAGGAAGAAGAAAAAUGAGAAAGGAGGAAGCCAGAAGACAUCAACACCAACUAAACCUGCCUCCAAAGAGAAAACUGCAGAAAAGGUUUCCAGAGGAAAGGGCAAGAAGAAAGAGAAGUUGAGCCCCAGUGAUAAUCAGUUACGCGAUGCAAUAUGUGAAAUUCUUAAAGAAGUUGACUUCAAUACGGCUACAUUUACUGACAUUCUGAAGAAACUUGCUAAACAAUUUGAUAUGGAUCUCGCCCCGAAAAAGGCAUCUAUAAAGCUCAUGAUUCAGGAAGAGCUGACAAAACUAGCUGCUGAAGCGGAUGAUGAUGACAGAGAAGAGGAUACAGAGAAAGAUGAAGCCCUAUCUACAGGCCAGAAGGUUGAAGCUUUGAUUGAUGAGUAG